CUCCAUCAGUUACAAACAGUAUUUUACUUUCCAUCUCAGAGGAUAGCUUUGAAAAAUCUUUUUUUCUAAGUCUCGUUACUUUAAAACGUAGAGUAACAUUUGACCUUGUACAGUUACUCCUCCGUUUGUACGCGCUUGACGUUUUCGAAUUUAAAGCGGAAAUAUGUGCUUUGAUUACAAAAUGAAGAUUUGUCUCCUACUAUUCGCUUUAAUUGUUUGUGCAACAGCGGAUAAAUAUUCCAACAAAUACGACGAUGUGGAUGUUGACCGGAUUCUCCAAAACGGUCGAGUUCUCACUAAUUAUAUCAAAUGUAUGUUAGACGAAGGGCCGUGUACCACCGAAGGGAGAGAAUUGAAAAAAACAUUACCUGAUGCUUUAUCCACGGGUUGUAGUAAAUGCAACGAAAAACAGAGAAUAACAGCAGAGAAAGUAAUAAAUUAUCUAAGGACUAAAAGACCGAGCGAUUGGGAAAGGCUUUCCUCAAAAUACGACCCAACUGGGCAGUAUCAGAAACGUUAUGAAACUGAAGUAAAUAAAUCUGUUCAGAGUUAAAUGUCACCUAUUUCAAACAACUAAAAUAUACAUCUGUAUAAAAUUUGUACAAUAAAAUGCAAAAGCUGAGAAAAUA